CGGUCAAAUUUGUUUUCAAACGUACCUCAUAACGGUCGGGUGGAGGUUUUUCAUCAUUUUAACCCAUCUAACUCCUGUGAUAACCAGUAAUGUCCACAAACUAACUCACCAUGGAUUUAAAAAACAAAACCCCAUCCAAAUCAAAAACUAACAUCAUGAACAAAGUGCUUACUAACCCCAAGAACUGUGAUAGCCCCUUCAGAUAUCUCCCCCAUAUUUCAACCCCUCCAUCGCGCUUUUCCAAGAUUCUCAACCCAUUCGAACAACACUUAAUCGAUCGCUUACACCUCCCGACAUUCAGCCCCAGCGUUUUCGCCCAAGUAUCCACCCCCAAAACCGACGAAAAAUUCAAAUGGACAAUCGACGACAUCUCCAGCCUCAAACCCGCAGAUAUUGACGAAGAAACGAUUUCGCAACACGUAUCAGACCACGACCCUACGAUAGAAUCGAUGGUUCAGGAAAAAAUUGACAAGUUUUUUAACGAAAAGGCGAUAGUCCCGAGCCCCUUUAACGAGCAAGUUAAGCAGGUGCCCUUAAUUGCUAGCCCCCUGGUGACGGCGAAGCCGCAGUGUUCGGAUAGUAGUGCGCAAACGAUUUUAACCCUCCCGCCCACCCUUCCUAAGCACGUGGAAGAAAUUCUAGCCCCUUAUUUCUCGUACACGGUUGAUCAACAAGCAGGCGAUGAUCAAAACACGUCGCUUUAUAGGAAAUUAUUUGACUCGGAGGAACACGGCAGCCCCAUUUCCAGUCCCGCUCCAUCCAUUGGUCUUUCACCGCUGCAGUUUUCGCCUGAAUUCAACCAGAACAAAUUGGAUAGUACUUUGGAGAUGCCGGAAUUGAGAGACUGCGCCCUCUCUCCUAUAGGUCACUCGCCGUUGGCACGGUCAGUUUGUAGACUGAGUUUUUCAGGACGCAUGUCAGUGGACGCGAGUAUGGUGGUUCCUGAUGUUAAUAAGAGUCUUAAUUGUACGAAUUUGGAGGGGCAGGUGUCGUUUCAACCUCUGGAGGAACCCCCAAGUGAUUCUUCUGUUAACUGGGAUGUGGAAUAUAAACAUGUUUCUAUUUUGUCGAAGUCGCCUUUAAGUAGCCCUGAAAUGGCCACGGAUUCAACAACCCCUCACUCGAAAAUCUUCACUAGUCAGAGGAAAAGACUGUCAGAUAGUUUUAAGGACGAAGAUAGAGACGUAGAGAUGGAAGAUGAAGAAAUUGUUCCUAAACGUGUGAAAAAUAGACUGGAACAUGAUGACGUCACUGAUGUUGGGUACCAUACAGGUGGCGCCACCAUAUGUGAGAGUUCUGUACAUAUGUUUGCAUCAACUCCCACUAAAAUCAAGUAAUUACUUUUAAUAGUAUUAACUGACUUAUUACUGCCAAGUCUAAACUUUGUUUUUAUACAGACUAAAAAUGCUUUUAUUGGUUAAGUUCGCGUGGUUUGUAAUUUUAAGACAGUGGAAAGUUGAUAGUGAUUAUUGUUUUAUGUGCAAUCACUCAGUAAAUUUUAUUAAAAGUAGUAGGGACUUUUAUA